GCACCGAGCGAUCGGGAUUUCCGGCCGAACGAACGGGAGCUUUUUCUGGCACUCAAUCUGGAGUUUCUGUUUUUCUUUUGGGAGCUGUAUUUGGCAUCCAUGCGAGAUCACAGGGAGAAAAUCGGAAGUACCCGUGGGAAAAUAACUAAGUUACCCUUCACAACGAACGGCAAGAUCUGUUCGGUACUCCAGCACAUGUUUUGGGAGUACCAAGGUACCGUAAAAUAGCUCGGUGCUGAUUGGACGGGGCACCACGACUGGCCAGUAGGUCGUUCUUCGACGAGUCUUCAACAGGAUAUUUUCAACCACAGGUAUACAUUGAUAUUUUCUUAUUACAUUUCUCCUAUAUGCACCAAGCAUGCUUCCAUACGAAUAGCGAACGAAUAUUUAAGGUAGCCAGCUUAAACUUAAUAUUAAAAGCAGGCAAUACUGUUAGUGUAGUCGAGAAUGUGCAUCCACUUACAUGGCUGUCCUUUUGUUGUGGGAUAGCUGAAACACACCAGCGCUGCUGUGCAAGCAGUGCAACUCACCAUAACGUUGGAGAACCAGCAGAGAACAAGACUAAACUAAUCAUUGCAGCAACACGAAACCCGCAUUGCAUUUCCUUGGCUAAUCUUCCGUGAUCACAUAUAACCCGUAUCCAGAUCCGAGAUCAAACUGAACACUCGUGCAGUGCGCUGUGUCACCAAUGACCUAGACAUGCCAGGCACAUAAGCUCACCGAUUCACACUUGCUGCGCUAACCAAAAACACGUAGGCAACAGCUUUGUCUGAUUGGGCUUUGGGUGGCCAUGUUUCUUUCAACAGAUCACCUUAACACGUAUGGAGGUUAGUUGGAUGAGAUUCCUGCUGUCGACUGCUCUACCCAUCAUGCCAUUGCUCCGUUAUAAAUACAGAGAGAAGCCAAGGAUUGAGCAUCAACAAACUGCAGCCCUUGUCUUGCCAACCUUUCUCCUCCAUUUCCAUACUGAAGAAAGUAGCAUCAGAGCCUCAAAACCACAAGCAUGGCUUACCACCUAAGAUCUGGAAGCGCGCCUUCUAGCCCUCGCUCAAGCAAACCCCAAGUAGAGCAGCAGCUCCAGAGCCUGAGCGCAACCAUCUCUUCGCCCUUGGCGACCAUCGAUACGACUUGCGAAGGUUUGAGGAAGCUGGCAGACAUAUACAGCUGCAUUGAGGAGAUGAUGUGCGCACCCAGCAACCAAGUCAGCCUCUGCAGGACCCUGCAAAGGGUGGCAGUGGAGGCAGAGCUAGGGCGGUCCCUCGUCGUGCUCGACCUCUGCAACGCCAUGCAGGAGACCUUGAUGGAGCUGAAGAUGACUGUCCAAGAGCUCUUGUUGGUUCUCAAGAGAGGAGAGGACACAACUUGCCAAGUCAAGGCAUACAUCCGUCUAGCCAAGAAAGCACAAAAGCAGUUCAAGAAGAUCAGCAAGAAGACUACUUCCGACAAGAACGAUUCUAGGGUGGUGAUGCUAAUGGCAGAAGCGAGAGAGAUCACCAUUUCACUUCUCGAAUCCACAUCCUGCAUCUUGUUGAAGCAAAUUGAGAUGCCCAAGUGGUCUCUUGUCUCCAAAACAUUGCAGAAGAGCAAAGUUCUGUGCGAAGAGGAGCAAUUGCGGGCAUUGGAGUGCAGUAUCGAAGAUCUUGAGAGCGGAGUGGAACUUCUGUACAGGAGAUUGAUCCAGAACAGAGUUUCUCUUCUCAAUGCUCUUAGUUUGUAGAUACCCUGAGCUCUAGUUCCUGCGGUUGGCAUCCACCUUUUAAAGGAUUAUUAGUCAAUCAUCCUAACAGUUUUGCAAUGUGUAUGCAUAGAAAGUUCAAUAGCAAGCAAAAGCAAUUUUGUCAAUUUCCUAUUUUCUGAAUUUUAUCAUUUAUGCAAGCGCUCCACGAUAUUAAUCAGUAUCCUGAUUAAACGACUUGGUUUGUCCUCAAACAUACUAUGUACUUACAGGCAACAGAACAAUAACUGAUAUAAAUCAGUAUCCUGCUUACAUUACUUGGUUCAAUAAAAUGUUAUCUACUUUAUAGUUCUACACUACUGAUGUUAUAAGAAGUGAUGGUGCCUCCAGAAUCUGGAAGGUGAAACAUGCCAGCUCCAACCCAUGAGCUAGUGAUAAUGCAUGAUCAUUAUCGAGGGGAAUACCUAAUGAUGCUGAUGACUAACAAUAAUCAGGCCAACACAUGCAAUCGAUAAUACUGACCAGAACAAAUCCACUGAAGAUCCUUUCUUAUCUUGUUGCUGUACCUUCCCUUCUGCUUCCUAAUAGUACAAUGAACUUCAUGUUUCCGUCGUUGGAUUAGUUUCAAAAAAAAAAAAAAUCAGUAGCAUGCUUCUAUUUUAUGCAUAGCAUGCAUC